AUGGCUAGCACAACGUCUCGAAUUCGCAACAAGCUUAACGCGUUAUGGGACGCGCUUCUCCAUAAGGACAUGAGCCAGAAUCUUGGGCAGAAUCAAGUUAUCGAGCCUCUUUUUCUUAAGAGCAAGCAAAUUUAUCUCAUAGACCAUGAUUUCAGCUCCACAAAAGUUGAAGACCGCUAUCCACCUGUGCUAUUCGAACCUUGUCCUCAGAGUCUUCUUGAUAGAAAUCCAGUUGAUAUAGCAGGAUAUGACGAUCCGCAGUUUGGUAACCGCGUCACUGAAUUCCAAGACUAUGUUGCUGGUGCAGAAUUAUCGAGCAUAAGACACUGCACAAAUCGUGUUUCCUCGCAACUCGGGGCAUGGGCGUAUACCUUCACGCGGAGAGAUACAACAUCGGCCUUCGUCAACCUCCAAAUUAUGAGGGGUAUAUAUCCCAUCGAAGAGCCACAUGGUAUCCUCUUGUCAAAAGGAUUCACAAUGUCGACUCGCGACAUGAAAUGGUCAGCAAAUAUGUACGAGCAUAACCUGGUCGUCUGGGAAAAGGAGCUCCCCCACGUUAUAGUGCUCUCUAAACAGUCGCAAAUUGGCACUGAUGACUCUAUUAUGUAUGGUGAGCUAGCACAACUUGUCACCAUCAUGAGGAAUCGCGCCUGCCAACCGGAAGAGGUGUUAAUCGAUGAGGAUCAAAAUUUCGAGGACGAAAAAGAGGAGCAAGACGCCCGGUGGCCCGUACGCUCAAAGUACGUCUUCGGACUCGAGCAGAGAUUUCCGGUUCUGAUGGUGUCUAUUGUUGGUCCCCAACAUGGCCGCAUUUUUUUCGCCUGCAUGGACGGUCAUGAUGACUUGAUCAUCAGGAAAUCCUCUCUCUUCAGUUUCGAGCGCCUUGCAACUGCACCCUGGGACCUUUUUUCUAGGUUUCUUUUAAGUGGUCCACUGUUGGAAGACAAACACGGCAAUUUGAUUUCUCCUCGCCGUUAA